AGAGCAUAGGAAACCCUAUAUACUGAUGGUGAGGCGUUCCAUCAUGAUUCUCAGAGGCGACAAUGCAUCUACACUUUGAUUCUUAAUUGGGGAUAAAUAUAGAUAUCUAUGGGCCACAACAUUCAAUUACCACCAGGACUGUGUAUUCAUUAGUCAGAGAUGUGAAUUAUUGAAAAUAUACAUAUAUUUAAAGACUUACCUCAUAUGGUAUGUUUUCAAACCUCUAGGAACUUUUGAAUAUCUGCAUUGAACCUCUCCAGUAACUCAAUAUAAUUUGGAAGGCUUAUUCAAAAAUAGGUUGAAUAUAUGUUUUAUAUAUUUUAAGUAUCAUUUCUGGUUUUGUUAUUUUCCAUAGUUGCGCUUGUCUAGGCGGUUGGCAAUUACUGAUUUUUAUAUUAUUCUGGCCUGAUUCUGUUAUGAGGAGAAUGCUGCUACUGUCAUCCAUAUGGAAUAAAAUAAUCUACUUGUUAGAUGUCCAAACUUACUUUAUACUGCAGUUGAUAUUAAAUUAAAAAGGUUAAAACUGCCAGGGGGAUGUAUAUUAACUUCCAUUUGACAGUAGCGUAAUAGUUAAGGGUGCAUAAUGCAAACAAAAGUAGUAAGUUCAAAUCUGCCAUUUUACCAUUCUUGUAAAUUACUCCUAGCACAAGAAUUUUCAGUUUACUUAGCAUAAGCGAAGUAUUUGUAAUUUUAAUAGUGAUGUAGUAGUUUGAAGUUAAAAUUUUAAAGUAGGUUUAGUAGGAUUGAAUUUUGAAAGCCCGAACUUGAAAAUACCUUUGUCUAGGUCCCAAGAGUUGAUUCUACUGCUUUUAAAAUUAUAUCUGUUAUUAUAAGGUAGACUCCUAUGUACUUGACUCUUACAACAUUUAAAAUUAAUUAGAGAAUUGUGUCCUUAUCGCUUGCAGAACUAACAACAGAUGGGGAAACAUAAUUCUCGAGUGGUAGCCUCAUACUGGUAGGCAAAUUGUAGAGUGGCCCCCCACUAGAUAAUGGCAAUCUGGUAAGACGGGACGUCGAUGGAUAUGCAGUGAUGAUGAUCCAUUAGGUGGUAGGAGUUUUUUCUGCCUAGAAGUCUGUCUGUGUAGUUAUUAUGCUCAUACCUAUUUCUGCCACCAAGCAGCAGUAUGUGUCCCUGUCUGAAGGGCAUUAGAAGCCAGUAUAAUAACAGGUUUUGAAGUAUUACAUCUUAGUCCUCAGAGGUAACAUCGCAUCUGUAGCCUUUUCUUGAAGUUAGUUGCAGGUGCCCAUGGGCUGCACUAGUCACUUACCAUCUGGUGGAUUAUAAGAUUAUUUGUCACUUCAGUGUUAUAAAAAAAUUAUGUUAAUGAAGAGAAUUGUGGUAGCCAAUAGAUUUUAUAAAAAACUUGUAUAUUUAAGUAGUUUUCCUCCAUAUUUAUUACGAACAUUAAUAUUUUCAGAUGGAUGAGGGGCCCAUAAUUGUCUGUUUCAUCUGUGAUGCAAGACUCAUUCGUUGCAGAAAAUUACAACAACAGGCUAUUGAGUCAAAUGCAGUUCUGGAGCAGUUGCUAGCAGGAGGGUCCAUGUCAAUACCAACACCGCAUGAGCCUAGAGAUGAGAUUCAAUUCACACCAAUUUGUCACAUAGAUAUCAGACCAGCAGAAUGUGAUAUAGAAAAUGAUUGUAUGGACGAAAUUUUUAGCCUUGAAUCUGUUAAAGUUGAGGAAGAGAAUUUCGAAUAUGAGAAUUCCAAAUUUGAAGAAAAUGGGAAUCAUGAAACAGAGACUACUGGAAAAGCAGAAGACUUGGCGGUCGAUGCUUUGGGAAAUAUACAUACGAAUUUGGAGAAUGACUUGCCACUACUUGUAUUUGGUUCACAAAGUACAGAGAAGUAUAAGACUGUAAAAUUAAAAAAGAAGCGUAAAAAUAAGAAAAAAGAUGAUGGUGACAUAGAACUGUACAUCACACCGACAAAUGAUUUUUCGGAAUCGUCUAAGAAAAAUAUUAAAUCAAAUUCUGCUGAUAGUAACAUAAACGAUGUACGUAAAGAAAACCUCGUUUUUGAAAGCUCUACUAUUAAAUUUAACCUAGAAGGGAAGAAAAAUAGUCAACCUAUUAAUAAAAAAGGAAAGCAUCCUGCAAAGAUUAGGAAAAAGGAAAUUUUGAAACAAAAGAGUGUAAAUGUACUUAUGAAAAAAGCAUCAACUAAAUACAUUUUUGAAUGUGAUGGUUGUAGCAAAAAGUUUUCAACAAAAGACGUUCUCGUCAAACACAUUUCAUACAGUCAUAAGACGCAAAUGAACCCAGACACCACUGCAGUUCGUACACAAGUUGAACAAACUCCAAUACCACAACCAACGGAAAUAUUUAAUUGUGAUAUUUGCGAGUUUAAAACAUCUCAAAAACGUCGCAUUGUGGCACAUUUCAAAGUUCACGUUGCUAACAGAGUGUACUGUUGUAAUAAUUGUGAUUAUAAAUGUACAAGUAAAAGCACUUUUCUAAACCAUAUGAAAAUACAUACCGCAGAAAAACCUUUUUCGUGUAAUAUGUGUGAAUACAAAUGUAAUCGACAAAGUAAUUUGCAAACACAUAUGAAAAGACACACCGGAGUAAAACCUUUUUCGUGUCAUUUCUGUGAAUAUAAAUGUACAAAUAAAUUCAGUUUGCCAAACCAUAUGAAAAUACAUACCGGAGAAAAACCUUUUUCGUGUAAUAUCUGUGAAUAUAAAUGUAUUGUAAAAAGUAAUUUGCAGGCACAUAUGAACAGACAUACCGGUGAAAAACCUUUUUCGUGUAAUAUCUGUGAAUAUAAAUGCAUUUUAAAAAGUAAUUUGCAAACACAUAUGAAAAUACACACCGGAGAAAAACCUUUUUCAUGUAAUAUCUGUGAAUAUAAAUGUAUUUUAAAAAGUAAUUUGCAAACACAUAUGAAAAUACAUACCGGAGAAAAGCCUUUUUCGUGUCAUGUCUGUGGAUAUAAAUGUAGAAAUAAAUUCAGUUUGUCAAACCAUAUGAAAAUACAUAGUGGAGAAAAACCAUUUUCGUGUAAUAUCUGUGAAUAUAAAUGUAUUUUAAAAGGAAAUUUGAAAGCACACAUAAAAAUUCACACCAGUGAAAAGCCCUUUUCGUGUAAUAUCUGUGAAUAUAAAUGUAGACAAGAAACUGAUUUAAGAAAACACAUAAAAAUUCACACCAGUGAAAAGCCCUUUUCGUGUAAUAUCUGUGAAUAUAAAUGUAGACAAGAAACUGAUUUAAGAAAACACAUAAAAAUUCACACCAGUGAAAAGCCCUUUUCGUGUAAUAUCUGUGAAUAUAAAUGUAUUCAAAAAGGUCUAUUGAGAAGACACAUAAAAAUACACACUGGAGAAAAACCUUAUUCGUGUCAUAUCUGUGAAUUUAAAUGUAAUACAAAAAGAAGUUUGCAAAGGCAUAUGAAAAGACACACUGGAGCAAAACCUUUGUCGUGAGGGAUGUGGUAAAAUAUGUGGGUUGAUCAACUUAUUCGACACACACUUUGGAGAGGUGAUGCAAAAUAUUUUUUGAAUAAUUAAAAAUUUUGUACAACCGACUUCAACAUAUAUUAUUACAGAUAACUAAAACUAUUGGUCAGAACUUGAUCAAAUUUAUAUAUUAUAUGGGACCAAAUGAGAAGCACCAGCUUUCAAAAAAAAAGAAGAAUCAUCGAAACUUGUUCACGUAUAACAGUUAUGAGGUGAUGCACAUAAAAAAAGCAAAAUAAAAACACACUCGAAUUGAGUACCUCCUCCUUUUUUGAAGUCGGUAAAAGAUAAAUAUUUAUUAAGUACAUUGCGACAUGUAAAGUAUAUUAGAAAUAUCAACUACUUUGUAUAUUUUAAAGGGCCACAAAACUAACUAAUAAAACAAGUAUAU